AUGAGGAAAAGAGAGCGAGAGAAUCCAUGUGGAGUUUGUGGGCAUUAUCAUAAGUACGAGGAAGGUGAAGUUUGCGGCGUUUGUGGCCACCGUAUGCCGGCCGGAGGGGAGAAGUCGUCGUCUUCUCAGCUUAGUGCUUUCCCUUCCGAGAUCCUGCCCGAGUUUCUCUAUCUGGGCAGCUACGAUAAUGCCUCCCGUGCUGAACUUCUCAAGACUCAAGGGAUUUCUCGGGUUCUAAAUACUGUUCCAGCUUGUCAGAAUUUGUAUAAAAACUCUUUCACAUAUCAUUGUCUUCCUGAGGAGGAGAAGUUGCCUUUUGAAGAUGCUAUUCGGUUCUUAGAACAAUGUGAAAGGGAAAACGCUCGUGUUCUUGUACACUGCAUGUCUGGGAAAAAUAGGUCACCAGCUAUUGUAAUAGCUUACUUGAUGAAAAGCAAGGGAUGGAGAUUUGCACAGAGCUACCAGUGGGUGAAGGAGCGGAGACCUUCUGUUGAUUUAACCGAAGCUGUCUACCAGCAACUAAUGGAGUUUGAGAUGAAGACUUUUGAGUCUGUUGAGAAUAUUGGCCAGCCUACACCCGGCUUCGCCCCAGGUAGUGUGCCAUCAUUUAGCUUUGGUUUCCCAAAGCCGAAUGAUCCUGUUCCCGUUCCUGCUUUCAGUAAUACUGGUGCACCUUCGGUGUUUGCCAGUCCAGCUCUUAGCGUUCCACCUCAGGAUUUUAUUUUUGGAGCUGGCCAGACAUCCGAGACGAGCAAUAAUAAUGACAUUGCCAUGGGCGGUGGAUCAUGA